UGAAGGAGACUUGAAACGCCCCGACCCAAUCACGUCUUCCUGAGGUUGCUCCAGAGCCCGGAGCUGCCACUGCCUCCCUGGCUGCGGCUACUGCUGCUGUUACUGUUCAGGUAAACUUUGGAGAGUUACCUGCUCUUGGAGAGGGGCCUUACCUGAGCGCCUAUCUGCCAAUGGCAGCUCACCUGAGGGCUCUCUGCAGCCAAUCAGCGCGCAGCUCGUCCCUCAGGCUUGUACCCUUUAGUGAAAGAAUUCGGCUCCUAGCGAGAAAGUUACCUGUGGCCGCCCAAGUCCGCCACUUUUCACCCGCUCUGUGCCUCCCCUUUGCCACCAGCGAGGAGAACCCAGCAGCACCCCGCCGCCUCCGAGCUCUUGCCACAUGUGAGGGGGGCCCGCUCCUUAUCCCACCUUUCCGGCUAGGUGAGGGAGCGAGCGAGGUAGAGUGGUUGAGGGGGAACGGAAAAGCAGAAUUACCUGUACCUCUUGUUCUGCCAUCUCGGGCGCUCGCACACACCUUCACCUGCACAGACUUGAAAGUCCAGUUUCGCCAGAGACUGAGGCACCAGGAAAAGGGGAGAGAGUUCAUUGGAUCAAACAUGUCACAAGAGUCGGACAAUAAUAAACGACUCGUUGCUUUAGUGCCGAUGCCAAAUGACACACCAUUCCAUACCCGCCGGGCCUACACCAGUGAGGAUGAAGCCUGGAAAUCCUACCUGGAAAAUCCUCUGACUGCUGCAACCAAGGCGAUGAUGAGUAUCAAUGGAGACGAGGACAGUGCUGCUGCUUUGGGCUUACUGUAUGACUAUUACAAGGUUCCUCGAGAUAAAAGGUUGCUCACUGUUUGCAAAGCUAGUGACAGUCAAGAAGAUCAAGAUAAAAGAAACUGCCUUGGGACUAGUGAAGCCCAGAGCAACCUGAGUGGAGGAGGAGAAAACCGAGUACAGGUCUUAAAGACUGUUCCAGUUAACCUUUCUUUGAACCAAGAACACCUGGAGACCUUAAAAAGGGAACAGUACAGUGCAAAUGUGUCUGAGGGUUCAGCAGGCUGUGUGGCAGGAGUAGUGGUGGUGAAGGCUGAAGAGUUUACGCCCGUCUUCAUGGCCCCAUCUGUGCAGUACCCCAGAGGAGAAAGUGAGGAGCCCCGUGGUGUCAUCUUUGAGCAAAAUCAGUAUGAAGUACCCAGCAUGGCUCCCCAUGCCAACUAUCUCAAGGAUGACCAGCGAAGCACACCAGACAGCACUUACAGCGAGACUUUCAAAGAUGGCGCUACAGAGAAAUAUCGGAGUGCUUCAGUGGGGGCCGAAGAAUACAUUUAUGAACAAACAGCAAGUAGCACAUUUCAGUAUACUUUGGAAGCUACCAAAUCCCUACGUCAGAAGCAAGGAGAGGGACCCAUGACCUAUUUAAACAAAGGACAAUUCUAUGCCAUCACCCUGAGUGAGACAGGAGACAACAAGUGCUUCAGACAUCCCAUCAGCAAAGUCAGGAGUGUGGUGAUGGUUGUCUUCAGUGAAGAUAAGAACCGAGACGAGCAGCUGAAGUACUGGAAGUACUGGCACUCCCGGCAGCACACGGCCAAGCAGAGGGUGCUGGACAUCGCUGACUACAAGGAAAGUUUUAAUACAAUUGGAAACAUUGAAGAAAUUGCAUACAAUGCUGUUUCUUUCACCUGGGAUGUCAACGAAGAGGCAAAAAUUUUCAUCACUGUGAAUUGCCUAAGUACAGACUUCUCCUCCCAAAAAGGGGUGAAAGGGCUUCCUUUGAUGAUUCAGAUCGACACGUACAGUUACAACAAUCGAAGCAAUAAACCCAUUCACAGAGCUUACUGCCAAAUCAAGGUCUUCUGUGACAAGGGAGCAGAAAGAAAAAUCCGUGAUGAAGAGAGGAAGCAGAACAGAAAAAAAGGAAAAGGCCAAGCAACUCAAACCCAGUGCAACAACUCCACUGAUGGGAAGUUGACAGCAAUACCCUUACAAAAAAAGAGCGAUAUCACCUACUUCAAGACAAUGACUGACUUGGAUUCCCAGCCCGUUCUCUUCAUACCAGAUGUUCAUUUUGGAAACUUACAGAGGACUGGGCAGGCAUAUUACAGCACUGAUGACGAGCGAGAAGGUAGCAGUGUCCUUGUUAAAAGGAUGUUCAGGCCAAUGGAGGAAGAGUUUGGUCCACCACCUUCUAAGCAGAUGAAAGAAGAAGGAAUGAAGAGAGUGCUUUUGUACGUGAGGAAAGAGACUGACGAUGUGUUUGAUGCUUUGAUGUUAAAAUCACCCACCGUAAAAGGACUAAUGGAAGCGAUAUCUGAGAAAUAUGGGUUGCCAGUAGAGAAGAUUGCAAAACUUUACAAGAAAAGCAAAAAAGGCAUCUUGGUGAACAUGGAUGAUAACAUCAUCGAGCACUACUCCAAUGAGGACACCUUCAUCCUUAACAUGGAGAGCAUGGUGGAAGGCUUCAAGAUCACUUUGAUGGAAAUCUGACCGACCCUGCAAGCCCCCUCUGCAGGAACCAUCAUUGCAUUUCAUCCCCAGAAAAAAGCACGCCCCACCCCACCCCCAAGAACCCUGCAGACCCAAGUCACCUAUCUGAGAAAUGCUGUUACAAGACUGCUUUGGGGAGGGGAAACAAAGGAAAAAAUGCCCUUUUUAGUGUCGUGGGGCUUUUUGGCUCAGUAAUCAGGUCGCUGGGGCAGAGCUGAGGGAGGCCUGGUUUUCUAAUAGAACCCCAGCUGGGAAGGUACCUCCAGCCCCUUGGCUCUUUAUUUAUUGCCCACCACUCUCCAGAGCCAGCUGGUGCCUGGGCUUUAUAGGUCACUCCUGGGUAUGGAGUGAUCCAUCCUCAAGAUGAGAUAGUCUAGGGCCUUCCCCACUGAGGGAAAACAUCUGCUUGGUUCAGCUGGGGGAGGCUGGAACGUUUUAGUUAUUCCCCUUUCCCCCUGUGUGGUUGGACAAAGUGGGCUACUCCAUGGUAGAGUUAACCCAGGGGGUGCAAAGAAUCCAACACUCACAUUCACCAGUCAGAAACCCCCUUUCUUUGCCCUGGGGAAGGCAGUCUUGUCAAAUACCUCUAGAAGCUCCCAGCAAGUGGCCCAUGGGGACUUGUACAGAAAGAUGUUCAGCUACCGUGUAAUUUGUAAGUGACCUGAAAAGUAUGCCUCUUUAGCAUCUGUACAUAAUGUUUAUAAUAUUGCAAUAAUAUAUUUUACCUACUGUAUGUGGGCACGUUUACUGCCACUGUAUUUGGGGGGUGGGGUGCAUGCCCUGAGGUUCGCCUUUCUUCAAGAGCUUUCAUCCUGCCCCUCCCCCAGGGAUGGUGUUGGGCAGCAGACAUGGCCUGAAGUUGAGUAGUGUUCCUGGGCUGUGAGCCCAAGAAUUUACUGCCAGUGGAGGAGCUAGUCUCUAUGCAGCCUCUCCCCUGGGACUCCUUCCCUGUCCUCAGGGAGUUCCCCUUCCCUAAGCAUUGCUAUGUUCCCUUUCACUGGACCUGUUGCAUGCACCCGCUGAUUAUAUUCUUUCAUAUCCCCUUACUACUGGUUUUCUCUCAAGAAAAUCAAAGGGUCUCCUUGUCCCUUUCCAGUGUGCUGAUGCUAGAAACCCUGCAAGCAUGUGGGGGUGCCUCACAGUACCAAUCCCAUGGCCCAUCAAGUCACUGCAGGGUUUGGACCAGACUUUAACAUGCUAUUCCAUGUGCUUUAUUGGAUGAUUAUUCUCAUUUAAAUUAGCCAUGUUUUUAUCAUUACCCAGGAGCCUUAUUCCUGGGGCCUGACCACCAGAACAAGCUCUUAGGUGUAACUGGACCUCGUCAACAUAGGCACUUGUAAGGUUUAGAUUUAACUCUGUCUCCUCCCGCUGGCAUCAGAUGCUACGAAAGUGAAUGAAACUAUAAAAGUCCCUUUACCUCUCAAGCUGUACCCUUUUACUUUGAGAAGCCUUUCCAAAAACAAUGAUGUGGCCUGGGGAGAGAGCUCCUGGGAAAUAAAGAGGAAGAGAAAUGUUUUGAUAGAUGAUCUCUUAAAACAGCAAGCGAAUCUGAGCAUGUGUUUCAGUAAACAUGCUCUCUGUGAUUGGCCAGAGAGUCCAGAGCACUGAGCCCCUGGAAUGAGUAGAGUGGACUUUGUGUCCCCAGUAUGAACUUCUUAAUGUUCCCCCACCUCAGUUUCCCUUUGUCUAGCCAUUGGAUGCCAUACAUGAAGCACUUUGAGGUCUUGACUGGAAGGCACCCUGGAUUUCAAGUGCUGGAGAUGGACAUUGCAAAUCAGCACAAUGAACCAUACCUACCCCCUCCAUGGAACUGCCCCAAAUCUGCAUCCAGAUCCUCUCUGACCUGUCUUCUGCUCCCUCCCAGUCCAGCUUGCUUCUCUUUUAUCAGGGAACAAUAUUGAAAAGAGCACAGAUUGUCCCUAAGAAUGGGGAGUGGGUAGAGAGGAAGAUAUGGUGAUAACUCAGCUUUCUGUGUUUCCCUUGCAAAUCUGUUAACCCUUUCGCUGUGGCCAUCCAGAGAAA